GCUAUCGAAGAACGCGUCACUUACUGAAACCUCAACGCCAUUUUAAGUGUCUGUUGUUCUUUAGCCGAGUCAAUUUUAUCCUCAUUUUGUGUAAUUAUUACUAAUUUCUAGUGAAAUGGCUAACGUAAAACAGGAAGCCGAAAGCCCAUCAACUAAAAGCAGCCAGCAACGUACAACACCUAAAGGUAAGGGGAGUAGUAAUAGUAGUAAUAAUAAAGACGGAAAUUUCAACAAAGGUGGAAAAGGCUCGAGUGGUGGUGGAUAUGGCGGCGGAAGACAAUCAGGAGGUGGUGGAAAUUUCAGCGGCGGUAGCGGUAGGCAACAGCACCAAGGAGGUGGCGGUGGAGGCUACGGUGGGCAGAGACCAAGCGGUGGACAAAGACAAAGCAAUCAGCAAAUGGGACAGAGGUUUGGAAAUCAACAAGACAAUCAAACUCCCCUUCCAUUGAACACAUUAAAUUUCGAUGAAACUGUUAAAAAAGACAAAAAAUUCACUCAGAGGUGCAGGUUGUUUGUUGGAAAUCUCACAAAUGAUAUUGAAGAUGAGGAGUUCAAGAAAAUGUUCGAGAAGUAUGGUGAAAUAUCAGAAGUUUUCUUGAACAAACAAAGAGGAUUUGGUUUUAUUCGACUUGAUACAAGGCAAAAUGCUGAAGCAGCUAAAGCUGCACUUGACGGAACAACUCGCAAGGGACGACAGCUUCGAGUCCGAUUCGCUACUCAUGGAGCUGCCCUGAAAGUCAAGCACUUGCCUCCUCUGGUUUCAAAUGAGCUCCUGGAACAUGCAUUUUCGCAGUUUGGAAUUGUGGAACGAGCUGUUGUUAUAGUAGAUGACAGGGGGAAAGCGACUGGUGAAGGUAUCGUUGAGUUUGCCCGCAAGCCAGGUGCACAAAAUGCACUGGCCAAGAUUAAGGAUGGAGUUUUUCUACUAACCUCUUGCCUGAGACCAAUAUCUGUUGAGGUGUUGGAACAAAAAGAUGAAGAAGAUGGUUUACCUGAGAAAAACCUUUCAAAGAACCAGAAUUACCAGAGAGAACGUGAUGGUCAACCAAGAUUCGCACCACCAAGCUCGUUUGAGUUUGAAUGGGGGUUGAGAUGGAAGGAGAUCUAUGAACUGGAGACAUCCCAGAGGGAACAACUUGAGAAACAGUUUGAAGAGAGAAGGGAAAAACUAGAGUCUGAGAUGGAUGGGGCCCGUUAUGAACACCAAACCAUCAUGAUGAGACAAGAUUUACAACGUAGACAAGAAGAAUUGAGAAGAAUGGAAGAGAACUUCAAGGAGAUUGAACAAAGACGGCAGGAAGAAUUCCGUCAGCGUUCUGAAUUGCGCAACCAGGAAUUGGAAUCUAUGAGGCAACGUCAGGAGGAGGUAACUCGUCGUCGGCAGGAUGAUAUGAGACGUCGUGCUCAGGGUGUUGAUCCAAGCAUGAUGGGAAGGGGCGAAACUGCAAUGAUGCAGGGAGAUAGCAUGGGACCACCAAGCCUUAUGGGACCAGGUGGUCAAGCUGGUGGCAUGAACAAUGCAGGGAACAUGAUGGGGGCAACUGGACCUAAUGGCCGUCAAGGACCAGUAGGUAUGGGCUCUGGUGGUCCAGGUCCAAAUGGACGUCAAGCAAUGGGGAACACCCAAGGAAUGCAGCCAGGAGGACCAGGUGGAAUGCCGUCGCGUGCUAGCCGAUUUGACCAACCACCACAGCCAUUUGGGCGAGGUGGUCCCGGUGGUCCCAUGGGUGGUAGCCCUCAUGACAUGCGUGGACGACGUGGUGGUGGAGACCGUGAGCCCGAUGUGGCGUUCAAGCGUGCCCGUCGCUUUUAGAGGGUGACAAGAUGAUAGUAUUCUGCUUUUGAAGAUAAUUGUGAGAGACUACUGUACGGCCUACAGUUAUACUAGGACUUUGUUGCAUCAUGAUUUGUAAAUUGAUAAUACUGUUCAACUUUAGACUUCUUAAUUGAAUGUAAUGAUAAUGAAGGAACAGAAAUAAUGUAAUCAUAAAAAAAAUGAUAUAUACAUAAUUGGGGAUUUUAAUUAGGUUCGUGUUUACAGCAAUUUUAAAUCCUUAUACCAUGGUGCAGACUCCAGGGUCGUGAACUAGCAUAGUUGUGUUUAAAGUAUGUUUAUUUUUUAUGGCAGUUAAAAUAAUGAUUGUAGAAGUUUAAAAUUUGUGCGCUUUUAAAUGUGUUAGUUGCUUCCAUAACCACUGUUUAUCUUAAAUUUCCUAAGCAUACCACAAUAUAGACGUUAAUAUUGAAUCUUAAAAAAAAAAAAAAAAUCUCCCACAAAGGUUUUCAAUUUUAUUAUCCUAUCUGAUAAGGUUCUUAACCAACACGUUGAUAAUGAGAUGCAGAAACGUGUUUUGUUUUUUAAUUUCUUUGUCGUAUUUGAGCGUGGGUAGGUUUUGUGGUAUUGAUUCAAGAUUAUGGUUUGAAUUAUUACAUCAUGAAAGUUCUCAUUAUUGAGUUGUCAUCAUAAGCCAUGUUUUGUAAAUAAAUUCAGUUGCUAUUAGUUUC